AUGGAAUCUUUAAUAGUUUAUAUACUAUUGAAAAUUUUGUUUCAAAAAUAUUUUAAAUUAGGAUCUAGAAAAUUCAAUAAUAAUUGUGUUGAAAGUAUAAUGUGGUACACAUUUUCGAAAAUGUAUAAAAUGAAACGUUUGAUCGAUUUCGAUUUCAUGUUGAGAUCUGAGAUUGAAAAACAUAUUAAAAUCACAACAACUGGUUUGCUAGACAGUAUUAAUAACAACCAAUUGAAAGCUUAA